CUUCAGUCCUCCACUUGCCGAAAAAUCACGAUGGGAGAAAACCCAUCCCGCCGUCGCUGCUGGGACUGGAUGGUGGUAUCCGGCACGAACCACUACGCCAAGAACCGCGCCUCCUUCAAGUCGUACCGCCCGGUGAACCGCAUGGUUUCGAAUGGAACGCUGUUCAUCGCAGGAGUCGGCACGGUGGAGCUCAGCGUGCGUGCCAGCCCGGCCAGAGGAUCCCCAACCCGCACUCUAGUCUUGGACAACGUUCUGCACAUUCCGAAGGCGAUCUGCAAUGGUUUCUGCUUCGGGCAGUACCAUACGAUCCAUAAAGGGACACCUUUCUGUGGGCUCGAGAAGCUGGCUCUCGCGGGGAAUCCGCAGGGAGAAUCUGAUCUCAAUGAGGAUGACAUCAACAUGCUCAGCCUCUAUAUUGACAAGCAGGAUCUCCAGAACAUCUUGCCGUCAGAAAAUCUCCAGUUGGACCGCCAGUUCAUUCGGGAUACUCUAUACGCGUGUCAGAAAUGA